AUGCGAGUUCGUCUCCCUGGCGCAGCUUCAUCCAUCGGCCGAAGAUGCCGCAACCACGGUCGCGGCGCGCCAAAAAUCGGCUCCUUGCACCAAACCGCUCCGGGGAGCGCAUCCUCAAUGAGGGCUGCUAGCACACUUAAACAAAAGCCCGACUCGUCUUUCGUGUCAUUUCCCGGCGCGGUCAAGAGCGAGUUCACGACUAAGUUCCAGUUCGAGCGUCCGGAGCAGUAUCCCGCAAUGCCGACAUACCGAGUGGUAGACCAGCAUGGCGUCGUUGUGGACCCGGAGUUCGAGCAGGACUUGAACGACGAGGGGGUCAUCAAACUUUACGAAGAUAUGGUGGCCGUCUCGGUCAUGGACUCUAUCAUGUUUGACGCACAGAGACAGGGCCGCGUCAGCUUUUAUAUGGUAUCGGCUGGCGAGGAAGCCGUCUGUGUCGGAUCGGCAUCGGCUUUGGAGAUGAGGGACGUCAUCUUCUGUCAAUAUCGUGAGCAGGGCGUGUACAGGCAUCGGGGUAUGACUUUCAGGGACUUUAUGAACCAGCUGUUUGCGAACAAGUAUGAUCCGGGCCAAGGAAGAAACAUGCCCGUGCACUAUGGUAGCAAGGAGCUCAACAUGCACACGAUAUCCUCCCCGUUAGCAACGCAGAUACCCCAGGCUUCAGGAGCGGCAUACGCAAUGAAGAUGCAGCGCAUCGCAAACCCAGACGCGCCGGAACGGGUCGCAGUUGUGUACUUUGGUGAGGGCGCCGCCUCAGAAGGCGACUUCCACGCCGCACUCAAUAUCGCGGCGACGAGGGCAUGCCCUGUCAUAUUCAUUUGCCGCAACAACGGCUACUCCAUUUCGACCCCUUCGCUGGAACAGUACAAGGGAGAUGGAAUCGCCAGCCGUGGCGUCGGCUACGGCAUCGACACGGUUCGAGUCGACGGUAACGACAUCUGGGCCGUGCGCAAAGCCACAAAGAAGGCGAGGGAGCUCGCGCUGGAAAACGGCGGGAAGCCAGUCCUCCUCGAGUGUCUGACCUACCGUGUUGGGCACCACAGCACAUCUGACGAUUCGUUCGCCUACCGGGCGCGUGUAGAGGUCGAGGAUUGGAAGCGGAGAGACAAUCCAAUCUCCAGGCUGCGAAAGUGGAUGGAAAGCAAGGAUAUGUGGGAUGACGACAAAGAGAAGGUUAUGCGUGAUAGGUUGCGGAAGGAGAUCUUGAAGGCGUUCUCGGAGGCGGAAAAGGAGAAGAAGCCGCCGAUCAGGGCCAUGUUCGAAGACGUGUAUGAGGAGAUGACGCCGGAUUUGAAGAAGCAGAUGGCAGAGCUGAAAGACCACAUCGAAAGAUAUCCGGAGGAGUAUGAUGUCGGGGAGUUUGAAGGCGGCAAGGAUUCGCUAAAGCCAUAG